AUGGCUGGUGACAAGCCCGCUGUUUUGAUCGUCGGAGGUUUGGGAUUUAUCGGUCGUCAUCUCGCUUUGUACAUUCACGAAAAUAAUCUCGCGUCCGAAGUCCGACUGGUCGACAAGGUUUUGCCUCAACUGGCCUGGUUGGCCCCCGAAUUCGAGGAGGCUUGCUCGAAAGAAAAGUUUGUUCAGGCUGAUGCCAGUCGGGAACAACACUUUUCCCGGAUAUUCGACCGAGCCAAUGGAGAACAGUUCGACUAUGUGAUCAACUGUGGUGGUGAAACCCGGCAUUCGCAACCAGACGACGUCUACGAAGUCCGCAGUUAUAAUCUUACCGUUGCCCUCGGUCGGGAGACUGCCCGACGAGGUAUCAGUUCCUUUGUUGAAUGCUCGACGGCCCACGUCUACAAGAGUGGAUCGACCCCCCGGAAAGAAGACGAUAAACUCCAGCCUUGGCACCGCUUGGCCAAGUGGAAGUUGAAGGCUGGUGAGGAGCUGCAAAAGAUUCCCGGUCUCAACUACACUCUUCUGCGCCUACCUCACGUUUACGGUGAAUAUGACCCUGGCUACUUUGCCAUGGCUGUCUGUCUUGCCCGCGUGCACUUGGACUUGGAGAAAGAUCUGGAGCUGCUGUACACCAAGGAUCUGAAGAUCAACACUCUUUACGUCAAGGAUGCCGCCAGUGCUUUGUGGAAGGCGGCCGAGUGGAGGGCUAGCAAGGGCAACGAUGCUUCCAUCCCCAUUGCGUUCAACGUCGUUGACCACGGCGAUACCCGCCAAGAACACGUGGCCGAGGCACUGGACGCUGUCUUUGGACUGAAAUGCGAGUUCCUGGGAUCCCUGGUGUCACAGUUUGCCAAGAUGAACAUGGACGACGUUGUGGAUGACAUGAACGAGGUGAGCUUGCAGACUUGGGCAGAGCUGGUUGAGAAGAAACAAAUCCAGCGGCCGGGACCCAUCGGUCCGUUCCUCGAGAGAGACGUUCUCAAGGACCAGGACAUGUCCCUCGACGGUACCCUUUUCGAGACCACCACCGGCUGGAAACCCUCUCGCGAGGGAUUCAACGCAGACAGUGUCCGGGCCAUGGUGGAAAGUUACAAACGCAUGGGCUGGUGGCCAUAA